CUCCGUCUCCGAACCCGCGGGCCCCGAUGAGAAGCGCCCCUGCGCUGCCGGACUGACGCCUCGCCGCCCUCCCCGCGGACGAGGAGGAGCGCGGCGCCCCCAGCGCGGCCGCCCCUGCACCGCCCUCCCCGGCGGGGGCUCGUCUGCCGCCUGCGGGGCGGGCGGCGCGGCGGUGACAGCGCGGCGGCGGCGAGGCCGGGGCAGCGGGAGCGCCGCCGCCGAGGACCAUGAGGAAAUUUAACAUCAGGAAGGUGCUGGAUGGCCUGUCGGCGGUCUCUGCCGUCGCAUCGGCGUCGUCCGCCGCGCAGCAGCAGCAGGCGGGGAACCGGGAGACCGAAAUCCAGGAGACGCUCCAGUCCGAGCACUUCCAGCUCUGCAAGACUGUACGCCAUGGUUUCCCCUAUCAACCUUCAGCCUUGGCAUUUGAUCCGGUUCAGAAAAUACUGGCCAUUGGGACUCAGACUGGAGCACUAAGGCUCUUUGGUCGGCCAGGAGUUGAAUGCUACUGUCAACAUGACAGUGGAGCUGCAGUAAUCCAACUUCAGUUCCUGAUUAACGAGGGAGCUCUUGUGAGUGCCUUGGCUGAUGACACCUUACACCUGUGGAACUUGCGCCAGAAGAGACCGGCAAUACUUCAUUCGCUCAAAUUCAACCGGGAACGGAUAACGUUUUGUCACCUGCCUUUCCAAAGCAAAUGGCUAUAUGUGGGCACUGAAAGAGGAAACAUUCAUAUUGUCAAUGUGGAAUCAUUUACUCUCUCAGGCUAUGUCAUCAUGUGGAAUAAAGCCAUUGAACUGUCAUCCAAAUCUCACCCAGGACCUGUUGUCCACAUCAGUGACAAUCCAAUGGAUGAAGGAAAGCUUCUGAUUGGCUUUGAAUCUGGGACGGUGGUAUUAUGGGACCUGAAGUCAAAGAAGGCAGAUUACAGAUAUACACAUGAUGAGGCUAUCCACUCUGUGGCUUGGCAUCAUGAGGGAAAACAAUUCAUUUGUAGUCACUCAGAUGGUACCUUGACCAUAUGGAAUGUAAAAUCUCCUACCAAACCAUUCCAGACAAUCACUCCACACGGAAAGCAGCUGAAGGAUGGAAAGAAGCCAGAACCCUGCAAACCUAUCCUUAAGGUGGAAUAUAAAACGACUAGAGCUGGGGAGCCUUUCAUCAUUCUCUCAGGAGGCUUGUCAUAUGACACUGUAGGAAGAAGACCCUGUUUAACAGUCAUGCAUGGGAAAAGUACUGCUGUGCUAGAAAUGGAUUAUUCUAUUGUUGACUUUCUAACCCUGUGUGAAACUCCAUAUCCUAAUGACUUUCAGGAACCAUAUGCUGUAGUUGUUCUCCUAGAAAAGGACUUAGUACUGAUUGAUCUUGCACAAAAUGGGUAUCCUAUAUUUGAGAACCCCUAUCCUUUGACUAUACAUGAGUCUCCAGUUACCUGUUGUGAAUAUUUUGCUGAUUGUCCUGUGGAUCUCAUACCUGCACUCUAUUCAGUUGGUGCUCGACAGAAACGUCAAGGUUACAGUAAGAAGGAAUGGCCUAUCAGUGGCGGCAACUGGGGUGUGAUCACUCAGAGCUAUUCAGAGAUAAUUAUUACAGGGCAUGCUGAUGGAUCAAUCAAGUUUUGGGAUGCGUCAGCAAUAACGCUGCAAGUACUCUAUAAGCUAAAAACAGCCAAAGUAUUUGAAAAAUCACGGAAUAAAGAUGACAGGCCAAACACAGAUAUAGUAGAUGAAGAUCCAUACGCUAUUCAGAUCAUCUCGUGGUGUCCAGAAAGUAGAAUGCUGUGCAUAGCUGGAGUUUCUGCACAUGUCAUUAUUUACAGGUUCAGCAAGCAGGAAGUGACUACAGAAGUCAUUCCGAUGCUGGAAGUACGUCUCCUGUAUGAAAUAAAUGAUGUUGAAACUCCAGAUGGUGAGCAGGUGCCACCUGUACCAACUCCAGGCACAGGUUCCAAUCCUCAAUCCAUUGUUCCCCAGUCUCAUCCAUCUACUAGUAGCAGUUCAUCUGAUGGACUUCGUGAUAAUGUCCCAUGUUUAAAAGUUAAAAAUUCUCCUCUCAAGCAGUCUCCAGGCUACCAAAUCGAGCUCGUUAUCCAGCUGGUGUGGGUGAGUGGAGAACCUCCUCAACAGAUAACCAGCCUAGCCAUCAACUCAGCCUAUGGCCUAGUAGUUUUUGGAAACUGCAAUGGUAUUGCCAUGGUUGAUUACCUCCAGAAGACUGUGCUCUUGAAUCUAGGCACUAUUGAACUGUAUGGCUCCAAUGACCCCUAUCGCAGGGAGCCACGAUCUCCCCGAAAAACUCGGCAGCCAUCUGGAGGUAUGCUGACUGUGGCUUCUUGCAUGUGCGGCCUUUCUAACUUAUAUUCAGAGUCUGUGAAAAAGCUUCGCACCUCUUAUAUAACAGGUCUUUGUGAUAUAAAUGAAGGUACAGUGGUGCCAGAAGACCGCUGCAAGUCACCCACGUCAGGUUCUGGUUCACCAAACAAUUCUGAUGAUGAACAAAAAAUGAAUAAUUUUAUAGAAAAGGUGAAGACCAAAAGCAGAAAGUUUUCCAAGAUGGUUACCAAUGACAUAGCAAAGAUGUCCAGGAAGCUAAGUUUGCCAACUGAGUUAAAGCCUGAUUUAGAUGUCAAAGACAACUCUUUCAGUCGCUCCCGGAGUUCUAGUGUAACUAGCAUUGAUAAAGAGUCACGCGAGGCAAUUUCAGCUCUGCACUUUUGUGAGACUUUCACAAGAAAGGCUGAUACAUCACCUUCCCCAUGCCUGUGGGUUGGCACCACGCUGGGUACCGUGCUUGUCAUUGGACUGAACUUACCCCCAGGAGGAGAACAGAGACUUCUUCAGCCAGUCAUUGUUUCUCCUAGUGGAACCAUCCUGAGGCUAAAAGGGGCAAUCUUGAGAAUGGCUUUUUUGGAUACCACAGGAUCUUUGGUCCCACCAGCACAUGAACCCUGGAGAGAACACUACGAAGAUAAAGAUGAAAAAGAAAAAGCGAAAAAGCGACGACCUGUCUCAGUGUCCCCUUCUUCCUCUCAGGAAAUCAGUGAAAACCAAUAUGCAGUGAUAUGUUCAGAAAAGCAAGCAAAAGUUAUCUCACUGCCAUCCCAGAACUGUAUUUAUAAGCAAAAUAUAACAGAGACUUCUUUUGUUCUUCGUGGAGACAUAGUGUCAUUGAAUAACAGUAUUUGCCUUGCAUGUUUCUGUGCCAAUGGACAUAUUAUGACUUUUAGUUUGCCAAGUUUAAGGCCAUUGUUGGAUGUAUAUUACCUGCCAUUGACCAAUAUGCGGAUAGCCAGAACAUUCUGCUUCACCAAUAAUGGACAAGCACUCUAUCUUGUCUCACCAACUGAAAUACAGAGACUCACCUACAGCCAAGAAACAUGUGAAAAUCUUCAGGAAAUGUUGGGUGAGCUCUUCACUCUUGUAGAAACACCAGAAGCACCAAACAGGGGGUUCUUUAAAGGCCUGUUUGGAGGUGGGGCACAGUCACUUGACAGAGAAGAACUCUUUGGAGAAUCAGCAUCUGGGAAGGCAUCAAGGAGUCUUGCCCAGCAUAUUCCAGGACCUGGGGGUAUUGAAGGUGUCAAAGGUGCAGCAUCUGGUGUGGUUGGUGAACUGGCACGAGCCCGGUUGGCACUGGAUGAAAGAGGACAGAAACUGGGAGAACUGGAAGAAAAAACUGCAGCUAUGCUUUACAGUGCUGAUUCUUUCUCCAAACAUGCUCAUGAGAUGAUGCUGAAGUACAAAGACAAGAAGUGGUACCAAUUCUGAUGACUCUCAUCAAUCACAUCUGUUUAAUUUUGUCCUGAUGAAAAAAAUCUUGUUUUUUCAUUAAUUUUGGCAGGACCACUGAAAUUUAAAGGAGUAUUCACCAUCGGAUACUGUUGUUUCCUAGCACAAAUGACACACUGUUUUACCUCAGUCCUGGCUUUAACUGAGGAGCUUUAUAUCUAAGAAACACACACACACGAAAAAGAAACUUGAGUGUUUCUUAGCUGUUGGUUAGCAUAAAAUUGGAACAGAGAAGGUAACUGGAACAUGUGGAAAAGAGAGUAAAGGGAAAUCGUGGUGAGAUGGGCAGGGGCAAUGCAGGGUCAAUCCUGUGUUAAUAUUUCAUAUGCCAAAAGUUUUUGUGCUAUUGUAAUUGCUGCCAGUGUUAUACCCUCCUGUAAGGAGAGGCAAUAAAUCAGGGGUCCAAGAGCUGGAAUCAAGUUGUUUGUCUUGCUGGACAGUAUCUGACUUACAAUUACCCUCUCCAGGACUCGCUAUAUUUACCGUUAUUGUUGAAGAAGAGUUGAAGUUUGCUGUCACUUCUUUCAUUUGAAAAGCUGGAAGCUUGGAAGAUUUCUUAUUGAAAAUUGUAUACAUAGUUGACUUGUGCAUAGUCUUUUCUUGGACCCCUGAUCUAGUAUUCUUGUAUUCACAUCAUAUUCUGUGACGUGCAAAACAAAAGAAUACGUAAUUUUUGCAUUAAAAAAGUCAAGUGAAUAAUAUGA